AUGGAAGGCCGAGGUUUGACCCUGAGAAGCAAGUCUCGUCGGCAGCGACCUCAGAUUAGCGCCCCCAAACCCAUUUCCGGUCCUCUACCUCCCAAUACCAGGUCUCCAGAUUCAGGUCCACCCGCUAUCCCCACCCGUGAGCGAGCACCCCAGAACGACGCGACUUCGGAUUUGGUGAAACGACGAUACUCGACUCGAUUCAAUACUGCGCCUGAGUUUGAUCUGAGUGCUCAUCCUGUUCCCGCACUUCCAACUCAGAUCCCUGGAGGACUCACCAGAUUGGCACCGACAGGCGCUCCCGGGCCACCGUCACCAGCCGAUCCGAGUGCACCAUCCCUCAAAGUCGACCUCAAUGCUUUACGAGAUCCCAGUCUUCCAGUUGAUAAAUAUGUGGCCGGUCUUCUCGCCAACGCGUCCGAGGAAGAGAUUCGAAAAUACCAGGAAAGCCUACGCAAAGUCAAAAACCGGACCUCCACCGAUCUUCAGCAAAAUGUCUAUCAGAAUCGUACGCAGUUUAUCAAGAUCAGUAAAGAGGCAGAGAAACUCAAAGAUGAAAUGCGAACCCUCCGUUCGCUCAUGGCGGAACUGACAACAGCACUUGGGCAAACGAGCGUGGGAAACACACCGAAUCCAAUGUCGCCAAUGGAGGACUCUUUCCCUAAACGAAAUGCAAACCGCAGCUCGGUCGCCAAUCUAGAGAGCAUGUGGAGCGUGCAGCUACAAACCCUGUGGAAGACAGUGGAAGGGUCACAGAAGUGGCUGCCAGCUGCGCCAGGCCGGCACAUUGUCCUCGAGACCGGCAAUUGGGUGGAGCUGGACUCGGCUACAUGGAAACCGAGACGGCCGAUCCACAUUGUAUUGCUGAACGAUUACCUGCUCGUGGCUGCGAAGAAGCGGAAGCGGGUCGACCAAAGUCAUCCCAACCAUCGAGGGCCUGUUCCAACGAGGCUAGUGGCAGAAGACUGUUGGCUACUCAACGAUGUUGAUAUGAUCGAUCUCGGAGCCAAUCUGGGAACGGGGCCAGCGCGUGAGGAGGCUCUGGAUCGGGGUAUUGGAAGGUCGAUCAGUAUUCGUGUGGGGUCCAAGCCUUUCACAUACCGUCAUGAGGAUGCAGGAACUAAGCAGGAGCUUCUGGCAACUUUCCGCAAGACUGUGGAGGACCUCCGCCGAACGAUGCGCUCAGAAACUGAGGCGGCCAGCAAGCCCCUGGAAACAUAUGGGUAUCUGGCUGGUCGGCAUCUUUCCCUUGCCAAGGCGCCCGAGGCAUUUGAUUUGUCCGAUAGCCCAAGGGACAAAUCUGAGAUACGCAUCGAUGUGGAUGGGAAACAGCAAAACCUGCGUUGGGUUGAAGGGCAGGUCGACGAUCUUGAUAUUGAUAUUGCGCUCCAACGAUUCGAGGGGUCUGUGUGCAGCAUCGAGCGGCUACGGAAGUUGGCAAAGAGCCUUAGGAGCAAUCCCAUUGCACAGGAUGUCAUCAAUUUCAAGGUCGACGGGCGAGCGACUCGGCUUGCUGGCAUUCUCUCGCGGGCACUGGUCGACAAACACUCAUUCCCGGUGGCUACAAAGACUCAUGUCACCUGGUUAACUCGGUUAGGGUUUGAGGAUCAGGCCCGUGAGACUUACCUGAAGGCACGCUCGGAUGUGAUUGGCCAACGUAUUCGGGCUUGUAUCUUUGAGGGCGAUCUCCCUCUCUACAUCUUCCAGAUCUCCUACGUUUAUUUCACUCUGAUCAAGCACACCAUCGGCAUCUAUCAAAAAUGCUUCCCUAGCGCCAUGAGCAGCUCUUGCAUUCGCUGGGCGAAGGAUCACCUUGACGGGUUCAAUGCCCUGCUCAGCCGGCAGCUCAGCAGCGUACAACGUGGCACAUCGGUUUGGGAGAAAUGCCUUGAGAUUGUGCAUGAACAUGCUGCUCUUUUGGUGGAAGUAGGCGUGGAUUUCACGGACUUGGUAGCUCGUGGGCUGGAAGACAGUGUUGAGGGAUCCUUCGAAGGGCCACGCACCGUCCAACCCGGGGAGCUGGCACUAGCGUCGUCCCCAACGGGCAAUCUUUAG